CAAUCUCUUACAGUUCACCAGACAAUUCAUUCUUGCUAGAGUUUGUCUUUUUUUAACAGCUUUUGUGCCCCUGAAUCUCAUCUUUGCUACCAUGGGUAGCAUAUAAACAGACUCAUCUGGAAUAUCAUCACCCGAUUUGUAAGUGUAUUACAUGGUUUAUUAUUUUGGUCUCUACAAGUGCAUAAACAUUGUUACUUUUGAUCACUUUUGAUGUGAAAUUCCAAGAAAAAAAUUUUAUAGUUUCAACUUUGAAAGGCUGAGUUACAGUUUUAGGCCACUGGCAAAUGACACAGCAUAACUAAUUUUUAAAAAUUUUAACCAACGAAGUAUAUAUUUCUUCUAAAAAAUCCUUUCCUCUAAAUAAUUUUUUUUCUUCAAAUGCACUUCAGUACUGACAUUAAUUUUAUGUAUAGUGAAAUAUUUUAUAGGCUAACAUGGCUACUUGUCCAAGCAUGAUUGUACCAGAAGUUCUUAGAAAAGACAAUUACGAAAGGUGAAGCAUUUUAAUGCAACACUAUUUAGUAGCUCAAGAUCUUUGGGAUGUUGUUCAAUUAAAUGAGAUGUCUGACCAGCGAGAGUGGAUUAAAAAGAAUGCUUUAGCUUUGCAUUCAAUUAAGAUUUCAUGCGGAACAGAAAUGUUCAAUCGGAUUAAGGAGAUGGCUUCUGCCAAAGAUGCUUGGGAUGCUUUAGCCGAAAUGCAGCGACCCCCUUCCUAUCACGACAUUGUUGACCUCCAAGAAGUUUUCCCUUGGGACAUUGACAAGUUGCAAGAAGAAACGCUAACAGGGCAACAAAAGACCUUGCAUAAUUGGAUUCGCAGGGGGAAUAUUGGCAAAGUAAAGCAGUUCUUACGCGACAAUCCGGAUUCAAGAUUUGAAAUUAUAUUAGACUCUGCUAUCCACGUUGCAAUUACUGCUGGUAAGAAAGACGUUGCACGCUAUCUCUACAAGGAGACUCCUCUGCAAUGUCUAAAUGGAGAUCGUGGCUUCUUCCUCCUCCAGGAGUGUAUAAAAAAGAAAAUGUUUGGUAUGAGCUUUGACAAUCUUUUUCCUUUUGCUGUUAAUGUUUCACUUUUAUCUCACAAACUUUGGUAUCAGAUAUUGCAUUCGAUCUACUCCGCUUUAUUCCAGAGCUGGCAUUCAGAAACCCUUCUGGUUCCACUCCACUCAUUUUAAUGCUUGCUCAAUCACCCUCUUUGUUGGAAGGAAGACUUUUUGGAUCUUUGUCACUGU